AUGGGCAGCAAAACCUUGCCAGCACCGGUGCCCAUCCACCCAUCUCUGCAGCUCACCAACUACUCCUUUCUUCAGGCAGUGAACGGCCUGCCCACGGUGCCCUCGGACCACCUGCCCAAUCUGUAUGGUUUCAGUGCGCUGCAUGCCGUGCACCUGCACCAGUGGACGCUGGGCUACCCCGCGAUGCACUUGCCGCGGUCCUCUUUCUCCAAAGUGCCCGGCGCCGUGUCCAGCCUGGUGGACGCGCGCUUCCAGUUGCCCGCCUUCCCCUGGUUCCCUCACGUCAUCCAGCCCAAGCCCGAGAUCACCGCUGGAGGCAGCGGCCCCGCGGUGCUCAAGACCAAGCCGCGCUUUGAUUUUGCCAACCUGGCCUUGGCGGCCACGCAAGAAGAUCCGUCCAAGCUUGGCCGGGGAGAGGGUCCCGGGUCCCCCGCUGGUGGGCUGGGCGCCCUCCUGGAUGUGACCAAGCUGUCCCCAGAAAAGAAGCCCACGAGGGGACGCCUGCCUUCCAAAACCAAGAAGGAGUUCGUCUGCAAAUUCUGUGGCCGCCACUUCACUAAGUCCUACAACCUCCUCAUCCAUGAGCGGACGCACACGGACGAGCGGCCCUACACCUGCGACAUCUGCCACAAAGCCUUCCGGAGGCAAGACCACCUACGAGACCACAGAUAUAUUCACUCCAAAGAGAAGCCUUUCAAGUGUCAAGAGUGCGGGAAAGGAUUCUGCCAGUCCAGGACUCUCGCUGUCCACAAGACGCUACACUCACAGGUGAAGGAGCUCAAAACCUCCAAGAUCAAAUGCUAA